GACGGAGAGGAGGAGGGAGAGACAGAAAGAGAAAGAAUGGAUUCAUCCAAAUCAUCUGCAUCACAAAGCACAGAAAGAGAAUGCUUCUCUUCCCAAGUGUUCUUAUGGACCGUUGCUGGGCUCUGCAUACUGCUACUGAGUGCCUGUUUUAUCACCAGAUGUGUUGUGACAUAUCACACCUUUCAGCUCUGUGAUGAGAAAAAGUUCCAGCCACCUGAGAAUUUCACAGAGUUCUCCUGCUAUAAUGAUGGAUUAGGUUCAGUCAAGAAUUGCUGUCCAUUGAACUGGGUACAUUUUCAAUCCAGCUGCUAUUUCUUUUCUACUAACACCAUGACCUGGUCAGCAAGCUCAAAAAACUGCUCGAGCAUGGGAGCUCAUCUGGUGGUUAUCAACACGCAGGAGGAGCAGGAAUUCCUUUACAAUAUGAAACCUAAAAAGAAAGAGUUUUAUAUUGGACUGACGGACCAGGUGACUGAGGGUCAGUGGCAAUGGGUAGAUGGUACACCUUUCACAAAGUCUCUGAGCUUCUGGGAUAAAGGAGAGCCCAACAACAUAGUUACAGUGGAGGACUGUGCCACCAUAAGAGACUCUUCAAAUCCAAGGCAAAAUUGGAAUGAUAUGCCCUGUUUCUUCAAUAUGUUUCGGAUUUGUGAAAUGCCAGAAAGAAAUAGUUGAAUAGAGAAAAAUCUCCAAGACAGAAGGCACAACGUAAACGUAUAAAUGAGAAGGAACAAGAGAUAAUCACAGCCGCACAACU